AUGUUUAAAAUAUUAUUUGGUUUUAUACCUUCAAUAAUUAAAACAUUUAGUAAUUUUAAGAAUAUGAAUGAUAUUUAUCAAAAUUUACAACAUCAACAAAAAAAUGUUUCAUUAUUUCAUUUAGGACAUUGGGUUAGAAUAAAAGUUGGUGGUCAACCAUUCAUUGUUAGAAGGAAAACAUUAAAUAAAUAUAGUGACUCAAUAUUAUCAGGUAUAGCACAUGAUGAUAAAAUUACAACUAAAACAAUCACUGAAAUUUUAUCAAAACCAUCAUCAAUGUUUGAAAAUAUGUUUGAUGAUAAUCAACCACCGCCACCACUACCAAAUAAUAAAAAUUCAAAGCCUCCACCCACUAGCGAAAAUGAAUUAAAGUCAAUCAAAAAACAAGAUUUAGAAUACCAAGAAACUCAUAAAAAUUUACCAACUAUUGUAGAAACAACAACAUCAGAAUCAUCAUCAUCAUCAAGUAAUAAUAAAAAUGAAGUUGAAGAACAAAUUGAAAUUGAAAAAAAGAAAUAUUAUAAUAAUAUUCAUAAUUUACAAAGUGGUGUUAAUUUUCAACAUGGUGAGAAUGAUGAAUUUGAAACAUCAAUAAAUAAUGAAACUGGAGAAAAGAAAUUUAAAUUUGAAAAAGAUCAUGAUGGAUUUUACUUAAUUGAUAGAGAUCCUGUUUAUUUCAAUGUAAUUUUAAACUUUUUAAGAACUGGUGUUAUCACAAUACCACCCUCGUUAGAUAUUAAAUGUUUAAUUGCUGAUUCAAAAUUUUAUAGAUUAAAUGAAUUAGAAUUAUUUUUAAAUGAUAGAGUUUUAGAAGAAAGAAGAAAUUUAGAAAGAUUAGAGAUAUUAAAGAAUGAAUUUAAUCAAGUUUCAAGUUCAAUUAAUAAUAAAGUUAAUAAUAGUACUAAUGAAAUUUAUUUUAUAUUACCAAUGAAUUGGUUUGUUGAAUGGAAACGAUUCAUUGAUGGUAGUAAUUUACCACCAACUUCAAAUAUAGUUACAACUAGUUUCUUUAAAACAAUUGAUGGUCUUCCAAUUCACCAAUUAAAAGAUAAUUUACAAUUAGAUUCUGAUUACAUUUGUAUCUCAAAAGAAACAUUUCUAGCUUUCAAUAAAUUUUAUAAAAUGGUUGGUCCAAUAAUUAUGAGACAAACUAAAAAUAUUUAUGAUAAUCCACCAUAUCAAUUUUUAUCUUCAAAAAUUUGGAAUAUUAAAUAA